AUGCUCCCAACGACCCGCUUAUUGCUUCAGAGCACGCUGCGCCGUUCGAGCGGUGCUGCUGCAUCUGCCUCGGCCUCGUCGCAGCAUGACCGUGCCAAGACGAUCGGCUUCAUCGGGCUGGGCGCCAUGGGCAAGGAGAUGGCCAACAACCUCUUCAGCAAGACGAUGGCCGCCAACCCGGAUCCCAACGUCGCCUUUGUCAUUCACGACGCCUUCGAGCAGAGCAUCACCCGCUUCCUCACGGCCAACUCGUCGCUCCACCCGAACCGCAGGCUGAUGACGGCCAGCUCGCCCGCUGGCGUCGCGAGCCUGGCCUCGACGAUCGUGACGAUGCUGCCGUCGAGUCCCGAGGUCAAGUCGGUCUACACCGAGGAAGGCGGCAUCCUCACUGGCCUGCAGAACCUCAGCGGCCCGGCGGCGAGCAAGACGCUCUGCAUCGACUGCACCACCCUCGACCCGCUCGUCGCCGUCCAGACGGCGGCGACGAUCAAGGAGGAGGGCAAUGUCGACAUGAUUGAUGCGCCCGUCAGCGGCGGAGUCGUGGGCGCGGCCGCGGGCACGCUCAGCUUCAUGGUGGGCUCCGACUCGGUCGAGACGUUUAAGCAGGCCGAGCCCUACCUGGCGCUGAUGGGCUCGCGCGCCAUCCACUGCGGCAAGAACGGCAACGGCCUGAUUGCCAAGAUUGCCAACAACCUCCUCCUCGGCAUCAGCAUGCUCGGCGUGACCGAGGCCAUGCUGCUGGGCACCGCCCACGGCCUGCCCGCCAACGUGCUGGCGGGCAUCAUCAACACCUCGACGGGCAAGUGCUGGGCAAGCGAGGUCAACAACCCCGCCCCGGGCGCCCUCAAGGGGACAAACUACUCUCCGCCCGCCGACCGCGACUACCAGGGCGGCUUCGCAGCCAGGCUCAUGUCCAAGGACCUCAAACUCGCCCUGGGCGCCGCCAGCCUCGAGGGCGUGCCCACCCCGCUCGGCCAGCUCACCUCGUCCAUCUAUGAGGCGCUCGGCACCAACGACGAGUUCAAGGACAAGGACUUUGGCGUCGCGUUCAAGGCCCUCUCGGCCGCGCUCGGGAGGGAGGAGUUUAGGCAGGAGAGGAAGUGA